AAGUGGCAACGAAUAGGCAUUAACCGGACGAGCAAGCAAGCUGCUCAGCAUCUGGGCAGCCAUGGCUCUAGUGCUAGCACACCUCCAAGAACAUGCAUCCCCUCUGGCCCUGUCGCUCCUCCUCGUCCUCUUCGUCAUCGCCGUGCGCCUGGCGACGUUGAGGUCGCGAGCAGAGAAGCUCCUCAACAAGCUCCCUUCGCCGCCGUCCCGGCUCCCCAUCAUCGGGCACCUCCACCUCGUCGGCGCCCUCCCCCACGUCUCCCUCCGCAACCUCGCCCGGCGGCACGGCCCGGACGUGAUGCUCCUCCGCCUCGGCGCCGUCCCGACGCUGGUAGUGUCGUCCCCUGCCGCCGCCAAGACCGUCCUGCGUACGCACGACCACGUCUUCGCGUCCCGGCCGCACUCCGCCGUCGGCGACAUCCUCUUCUACGGAAACACCAACGUCGCCUUCGCCCCCUACGGCGACUACUGGCGCCGGACCAGGAAGAUCGCCGCCAUCCACCUCCUCACCACCAGCAAGGUCCGCUCCUUCCGCCCCGCCCGCGAGCACGAGGUGCGGCUGGUCCUGGCACGGAUGAGGGACGCCGCCGCCGCGUCGACGGCGGUGGACCUCAGCGAGGUCCUCAGCAACUACUCCAACGACGUCGUCUGCCAGGCCGUGCUCGGCAGGCUGCCCAGGGAGGAAGGGAGGAACAAGCUGUUCCGGGAGCUGUUCAAGACCAAUUCCAAGCUCCUGUCGGGGUUUAACCUGGACGACUACUUCCCGAGCUUGGCGAGGCUGGACAUGGUGAGGAGGGUCGUGUGCGCCAAGGCCGUGAAGCAGAAGAAGAGAUGGGACGAAUUGCUGGACGAUCUCAUCGACAAGCACGCCGGCCAGGCGGUGACAGAGGAAGAAGCUGAUUUCAUAGAUGUCCUGCUCUCCGUUCAAGAUGAGUACAACCUAACGAGAGACAACAUCAAGGCAAUAUUGAUUGAUAUGUUUGAAGCUGGAACAGACACAACCUACAUAUCGCUGGACUAUGCCAUGGCCGAGCUGUUGCGGAAUCCCCAUGCAAUGGCCAAGCUGCAAGACGAGGUGAGGAGUUGCAAAACCAAGGGGAAAGAAUUCGUCACCGAAGAUGACCUCAGCGGCAUGAGCUACCUGAGUGCGGUGAUGAAAGAGACAUUCCGGUUGCAUCCCUCGGGAUCUCUCUUGUUGCCUCACUUCUCCACGGCCGACUGUGACGUAGAGGGAUACACCAUACCCUCAGGGACCCGCUUGCUCAUCAAUGCGUGGGCUCUAGGAAGGGACACCACAUGCUGGGGCGAGAGUGCAGAGGAGUUUAUGCCCGAACGAUUCUUGGACGAAGGCUUGGAAGCUGCUUCCGAUUACCAAGGGAACGACUUCCGUUUCUUGCCAUUUGGAUCAGGGCGGAGGAUGUGCCCAGGUGUAACCUUUGCGACCGUCACUUUUAAACUCAUUGUGGCAAACCUCAUCUACCACUUUAACUGGGAGCUGCCGCAAGGGUUGCCGGAUGUUGAUAUGACCGAGGUAUUCGGGAUGGAUGUUCACCGGAAGGAGAAACUUCUUCUUGUCCCACGCGUGGCUCAAGACAUCUAGAUAGAUAUAUUGGGUGCAUAAUAAAUAAUCUAACAAUUUGGUAUGUACUUAUUUUGUAUUGUUACAUCUAUUUUCCAUUUGCCACCCACCCAUGUGCAUCCAACCAAUUGUAGUUGUUUAGUUGCACGUGGUAUUUAUUUCCAUCCACGAAUACAUCGACUUCUACAAAUUUAUGAGAAAAUUAAGA